UUAAUUCAGUAGAAUAAGAAAGACAAAAAAUAAAAUAGACAGUGGAAGAACGUUCUAGACUAAAUGAAAGGGAAUCGAAGUUGUUUACAUCUAAAGUCUCUUUGUAUUUUGUGUAAUUGUAAUCGUAAUCCCAUUUGAAUCUCCGUCCUGCCCAGCCUUCCACACCGCUCAACCGUCAACCUGUACCACUUCAGCUGAGGGGAAUUCAUUUGAUCAAACCCCAUUUUGCCUAUAAUGGCGGAUUUUGAGGACCAACAGAAUCAAUCACUUGGUGAAAAUGAGGAGAAUGAAAUUGUCACUGAAAGUGCUUCAUUUGUUCACGGGGAGCCUCCUCAGGAUGCUACUGGUAAUGGACCCCCGAAAGUUGAUUCAGAGGUGGAGAUUCUACAAGGGAAAGUCACAAAGCAAGUCAUUAUGGAAGGUCAUGGAGCCACACCAUCCAAAUAUUCAACUUGCUUCUUGCAUUACAGGGCAUGGACCGAAAGCACACAGCACAAGUUUGAAGACACUUGGCAGGAACAACAGCCAGUAGAAAUGAUUUUAGGAAAAGAGAAGAAAGAAAUGACAGGCUUGGCUAUUGGUGUCUCCAGCAUGAAGUCUGGUGAACGGGCUUUGUUACAUGUAGGCUGGGAAUUAGGGUAUGGAAAAGAAGGAAACUUUUCUUUCCCAAAUGUACCACCUAUGGCCGAUAUAAUAUAUGAAGUUGAGCUUGUUGGGUUUGAUGAAGCCAAAGAUGGGAAACCUCGUAGCGACAUGACUGUUGAGGAAAGGAUUGGAGCAGCAGAUAGAAGAAAGAUGGACGGAAAUGCUUUGUUUAAGGAGGAAAAGCUGGAGGAGGCCAUGACACAGUAUGCAAUGGCCAUAACAUAUAUGGGCGAUGACUUCAUGUUCCAGUUGUUUGGAAAGUAUCGGGACAUGGCCUUGUCUGUUAAGAAUCCGUGCCACCUUAAUAUGGCUGCAUGUUUAAUAAAGCUCCAGCGCUUCGAAGAAGCCAUUGGACAAUGCAGCAUUGUUUUAUCAGAGGAUGAAAACAAUGCCAAGGCACUUUUCAGAAGAGGAAAGGCCAGGGCUGAGCUUGGACAGACUGACGCGGCUCGAGAAGAUUUUCUAAAGGCACGAAAAUAUGCUCCAGAAGACAAAGCAAUUGCGAGGGAGUUGCGAUUGCUGGCUGAACAUGACAAGGCUCUUUAUCAGAAGCAGAAGGAGAUCUACAAGGGGCUCUUUGGACCACCACCACAACCAAAACCAAAGCGAACAAAUUGGUUGAUUGUUUUUUGGCAGUGGUUAUUGUCAUUAAUCCAUGGCCUUUUCAGACGACACCAAAGGCAGAAGAGUGACUAGUCCAACUUUGAAGUGACAAAUUCUGUGAUACUUUUAUUAGAUAACGUGACAAAUGUUUGGAAAAGAAGUAAUUUUAUGGGGAAAAAUCGAUGGAACGUGAACAGUGAAGUGUGACAUUCAUCAAUUGGUUUGUGAAGUUUGAAUUGCAUUAAUGGUA